AUGGGUGCAGUAGUUGAAAUUGAUGAACCAAGUGGAAUGAGCAGCAAUGAACAUCUGGCUCUAUUGACUGACCCCUUCUCUAAUCCAGUACUGCUACCUAUUAAGAAACUGACCGCCCUUUUUCUUCACUUAUUUCAUUUCAACAAAGGGACAGGUUCCCUGAGCCAUCCAACUGCCCACAACCCUGAGGGAAAUCACUCGGAGGCAACUGAGUUCAUUCUCUCAGGACUGACCGAUCGUCCAGAGCUGCAGGUCCCUCUGUUUGUGUUGUUCCUACUGAUUUAUGUUAUCACUGUGGUGUGGAACUUGGGAAUGAUCUUGUUAAUCACAAUUGACUCCCAACUCCACACCCCCAUGUACUUUUUCCUCUGGAGUUUGUCUUUCUGUGAUUUCUGCUAUUCCUCAGUCAUCGCCCCUAAGAUGCUGCAGAAUUUCUUAUCUGAGAAGAAAAGCAUUUCCUACACUGCUUGUGCUGUGCAGAUUACUUUCUGUAUCUUUCUUGCUGAUUUUGAGUGUCUCUUGCUGGCUGUGAUGGCGUACGACCGUUAUGUGGCCAUCUGUAACCCGCUGCUCUAUGUGGUCAUCAUGUCCAGGCAGCGCUGUAACCUGCUGGUGGCUGGGGUGUGUGCUGUGGGUUUGGUGGAUUCAAUGAUACACGUGUUUUGUAUAUUUCAGCUGUCAUUCUGCCGCUCCAACGUCAUCAAUCAUUUCUACUGUGAUAUUCCCCCACUGCUGGUGCUUUCCUGCUCUGACACCCGCAUCAGUGACAUUGUGCAGUUGGCUUCCAUGUUCUACAUUGUAGCAAUCAGUGUUGUGACCACCCUCCUCUCCUACGUCUAUAUCAUGUACACCAUCCUUAAGAUCCGCUCUGCCGAGGGCCGGCUCAAAGCCUUCUCCACCUGCGCUUGUCACUUGACUGCAGUGGGCAUCUUUUAUGGCACCCUCCUCUUUAUGUAUUUCCGACCCACCUCCAGCUAUUCCAUGGACACAGACAAAAGAGCUUCAGUGUUUUACUUGCUGGUUAUCCCCUUAUUGAAUCCCCUCAUCUACAGCCUAAGGAACCGGGAGGUGAAGGAUUCACUGAGGAAAGCCAUGAACAAACUCCUGACCCAGUCCUGA